CGCCAUGGUGCAGCAGGCGGAGAGCGCGGAGAGCGAGAGCAACCUGCCCAGGGAGGCGAUGGACACCGAGGAGGGCGAGUUCAUGGCGUGCAGCCCCGUCGCCCUGGACGAGAGCGACCCGGACUGGUGCAAAACGGCGUCGGGGCACAUUAAGAGACCGAUGAACGCGUUCAUGGUGUGGUCCAAAAUCGAGAGGAGAAAAAUCAUGGAGCAGUCGCCGGACAUGCACAACGCGGAGAUCUCCAAGCGCCUGGGCAAGCGGUGGAAAAUGCUGAAGGACAGCGAGAAGAUCCCCUUCAUCCGCGAGGCGGAGAGGCUGCGCCUCAAGCACAUGGCCGAUUACCCCGACUACAAGUACCGGCCCAGGAAAAAGCCCAAAAUGGACCCGUCGGCCAAGCCCAACGCCAGCCAAAGCCCCGAGAAAAACGCACCCACCAGCAGCAGCAGCAGCAAAAGCGCCAAGAGCUCCAGCAAGAAAUGUAGCAAGCUGAAAUCCUCCUCUGCCUCCUCUCCUCCCAAGCCGGGGGCCAAAGCCGCCCAGCACGGGGACUACGCGGGCGACGAGUACGUGUUCGGCACGCUCAAAGUGAGCAGCAAGACGGUCAAGUGCGUCUUCAUGGACGACGACGAGGAGGACGAGGAGGACGAGGACGAGCUGCAGCUGCGGAUCAAGCAGGAGGCCGACGAGGAGGAGGAGGACGAGGAGCCGGCGCAGCAGCAGCUGCGGCGCUACAACGUGGCCAAGGUGCCGGCCAGCCCCACCUUGAGCUCCUCGGCGGAGUCCACCGAGGGCGCGAGCCUCUACGAGGAGGUGCGGAGCGGCGCGGCGGCGCACGGUGCCGGCGGCGCCCGCCUCUACUACAGCUUCAAGAACAUCACCAAGCAGGGCCCGGCGCCGCCGCCGCCGCCCGGCCUCUCGCCCGCCUCGUCCCGCUCCAUCUCCACGUCGUCGGCGGGCAGCGAGGAGGCCGAUGACCUCCUCUUCGACCUCAGCCUCAACUUCUCGCAGCACGGCCACGCCGCCGCCGAGCUGGGCGCGGGCGCCGCCGCCGGCAACCUCUCGCUCUCGCUCGUGGACAAGGACCUGGACUCCUUCAGCGAAGGCAGCCUCGGCUCCCACUUCGAGUUCCCCGACUACUGCACCCCGGAGCUGAGCGAGAUGAUCGCGGGCGACUGGCUGGAGGCGAACUUUUCCGACCUGGUGUUCACGUACUGAGYGGCGCGGCGGCCGCCGGAGAGAUGCGGCCGGGAGCGGCGCGGCUGGAGCGGCCAGAUGAUGAUGAUGAUGAUGAUUUAAAAAAAAAAAAAAAAUCUUGUUU